GCCAGUAGAGGCUGACAAUAUCACAAUCACAACACGUUUUAUAGUGAGGUUAGAUAUUACAGUAUUGAGUAUUAGGUUUCAGGAUUAGCAGUGGUAUUAGAAUAAUUGCGAAAUUGCGAACUAAUAAACACAACCAAAUAAUGGCAACGGACGGUAGCUAUAUUAAUUUGGUUUCUGCAUUUUCGGUAUAUGAAAAACAGAGUCUAUCAAAGCAAGAAAAAACGAAAAAGAUGCGUAAGUUCCAACGUGAAGUUAUAUUAAAAGAACCAAAGAAACAAGAUCAUUUGAUUUCUGUUAAAAAAUCUAAUAUGAAAAUGGUCAAACAUAAGAAAUCAAACUCGUCUAGCCUCAGCUCAUUGCCUGAACCCAAGAGAAAGAAACUAAAGGAAUUCGGAAAAAAAAUGAUAAAGGCUCACAAACGGUCAGCAUCUACAAAGGUUUUAGGAACUUCAGUUCAGCAAACACCAAGUGUAUUUGAUGAUUCUAAUGCAAGUGAUGAUCCCCAAUUUGACUCCCUUUCUUUAUUUAAGUGGAUAAUUGACCCAAUUGCACCUGAAAACUUCUUUAAUACAUAUUGGGAACAAAGGGUGCUGCAUAUAAAGCGGUUUAAUGAAACAUAUUAUCAGCAUGUUUUAAAUUCAACUGCAAUUGAUAAAAUUAUAAAACAUAAUCAUUUAAACUACAGUAGAAAUGUGGAUGUAGUAUGCUAUGAAAAUGGUGUAAAAGAGGUGUAUAAUUUGGAGGGACGGUCAACAACAUCUGCUUUGUGGGAUUACUACUCUAAUGGUUGCAGUAUUCGAAUUCUUAAUCCUCAAACUUACAGUAGUAAAGUUCACUUAUUGCUAGCUACACUUCAAGAGUAUUUUGGUGCAAUGGUGGGAGCAAAUGUGUAUUUAACACCGCCAAAUAGUCAAGGAUUUGCCCCACAUUAUGAUGACAUAGAAGCAUUUAUUCUUCAGUUAGAGGGACGGAAACACUGGAAAUUAUAUAAACCAAAGGAUUCAGAUGUAUUAGCAAGAUAUUCAAGUUCUAACUUAGAAUACAAAGAUAUUGGAGAGCCCUUUAUGGAACUAACCUUGAAUGCUGGCGAAAUGUUGUAUUUUCCUCGUGGAACUAUACAUGAGGGACAUACAGACGAAUAUUCACAUUCUUUGCAUAUAACAGUUUCAGUAUACCAACAGACAUCAUAUGCUGAUUUAUUGCAACAUAUAUUACCUAACGCCUUGAAAAGAGCUGCAGACAGUGAUGUCAAAUUUCGAAAAGGAUUGCCCCUUAAUUAUCAGAAGUUUAGUGGAAGAACAACAUAUAACGAAACUUCAAAAGAAAAGGAUAUAUUUAAAGCCAAAGUGGAAAGUUUGUUGCAUUCUUUAAUGAAAUAUGUAGACAUUGAUCUAGCUGUUGACCUUAUGGGUAGAAAAUUUAUGUAUGACUCAAUGCCACCUGUUUUAUCAAAAAAUGAAGUAAAACGUUCAAGUGCAGAUGGACCAUAUUUAAAUAAUGGAUGCAUUGUUAACAAGGUAGAGAUCGAUUGGCACACCAGGAUCCGUUUAGUGCGUUAUUAUUGCCUACGUCUAGUGAAUGAGAGGAAUUCUAAUCCAAAAUUAUAUUACAAUACAGAAAAUGGAACAGUUUAUCACGGAGAAGAGGAACAAUGGCUGGAAUUAGAACCUGAAAUGAUUCCAUCAAUUUGCAUGCUUCAGAAAGCAUAUCCCUUAUAUACCGAAGUUGAUAAGUUACCAAUGGAAGACGAAAGUCUCAAGAUGCAGUUGAUUUCUGCACUAUGGGAACAUGGACUAAUUGUUGCAGACCAACCGCUAAAAGCAUGUGAAAAUGAAUAAUAAUUAACAAAUUAUCUCCCAUGCUUUUAGCCUGCGAAAAUAAAUAUUUUUCAAAGAAAAAAA